AUGGGUCUGUGUUAUUCGAGAAAUGAUGAUAAGACUACGAGGAAAGAAACCGGAGGAACAAGGACGGCCACUACCACGGCGGAGAGACAAAGCUCCGGGCGGUGGCGGAAACCGAGAGAUUUAAAUACCGGCGGCGAAAUCGAUGAGACUCAACAGCUCGUGGGUCGGCUUGUUGGUAAUGGUUCAAGUAAGAUUGCUUGUCUUCACACUCAGCAAGGCAGGAAAGGAACAAACCAAGACGCUAUGCUUGUCUGGGAGAAUUUCUGUUCAAGAAGUGAUACUGUGUUCUGUGGUGUAUACGAUGGACAUGGUCCGUUUGGUCAUAUGGUUGCAAAAAGAGUUCGAGAUAUGUUACCUUUCACAUUAUCAACUCAAUUGAAAACGAUUUCUGAGGCUGAACAAAGCUACUCCAAGAAUGGACUUGAGUCUGCUACUUGCAUAGAUGGAGAGCAAUGGUGUGAGUCAAAGCCGAGUCAGAAAGAAGAAGAGCUACUUCCUGAGAUGUAUCCCUUGCUGAAACGGGCAUUGCUCAAGACUUGUCAACAUAUGGACAAAGAGUUGAAAAUGCAUCCAACCAUCGAUUGUUUCUGCAGCGGAACAACUUCUGUCACUGUGAUCAAACAGGGUAAGGAUCUGGUGGUUGGAAAUAUCGGUGAUUCGAGAGCCGUUCUUGCAACAAGAGACCAAGACAAUGAUUUGAUCGCUGUACAAUUGACUAUAGACUUAAAACCCGAUUUGCCAAGUGAAUCAGCAAGAAUCCAGAAAUGUAAAGGUAGAGUCUUUGCCUUACAAGAUGAGCCUGAGGUUGCGCGUGUGUGGCUACCGAACAGCGAUUCACCUGGUCUGGCAAUGGCUCGAGCUUUCGGAGACUUUUGUCUUAAAGAUUACGGUCUAAUCUCUGUUCCGGAUAUCAACUACCGUCGUCUCACUGAAAGUGAUCAGUUCAUUAUUCUAGCCACUGACGGGGUAUGGGAUGUUUUGUCUAACAAAGAAGCUGUUGAUAUUGUGGCCUCAGCUCAUAGUCGAAACACUGCAGCUCGUGCUUUAGUCGACACAGCAGUUCGAGCAUGGAGGCUCAAGUAUCCUACUUCCAAGAACGAUGAUUGCGCUGUAGUAUGUCUCUUUCUUGAAGAUUCCUCAGCAGCAGCAUCCAUGGAGGUUUCAGAAACCAUUAAUCAUUCACACAAAGAGUCUACAGAGAGUGUCACUAUCACAUCAAGCAAAGAUUGUGACAAGAAGGCAGAGGCUUCAACCGGAUCAGACGAGAUCGUACCAGUUUGGGAGAUAAAAGAAGAGAAGACACCUGCGAGUUGCAGGAUUGAAUCCAAGAAAGCAACACUCGCCGAAUGUAUAUCCGCUAAGGAGGAUGAAGAAUGGUCGGCGUUGGAAGGCUUGACUAGAGUUAAUAGUCUCUUGAGCAUUCCCAGGUUCUUCUCCGGCGAGCUAAGAUCAAGUAGCUGGAGAAAAUGGUUGUGA